GGGUAUAUAUGUAUAGUGACAUUCUAUACAUCUAUCUCCAUACAAGAGAAGAAGCUUAGAGAGAUAUGGGAGAAGAGGAGAGCCUUCCUCUGUUUGAGACAAAAGAAGCAAGAUUUCAAGGAGUUUAUAAGGUUUUUGCAUCCACAAUAUUUGCAGGUAUCACUCUGAUAUGGGCAUAUAGACUAAUAAACAUCCCUCAACAACAAGGGAGGUUGUGGUGGUGGGCUUGGAUCACUCUUUUCAUGUCCGAGCUAGCUUUUGGUUUCUACUGGAUAAUCACUCAGUCUGUUCGUUGGAGAAUUUCCUAUCAAAAUCCUUUCAAACACAGGCUCUCACAAAGAUAUGACAAAGAGAAGCUACCAGCAGUGGAUAUUUUUGUGUGCACAGCUGACCCAGCACUUGAACCUCCAUCAAUGGUGAUUAACACUGUGUUGUCAGUGAUGGCCUUCAAUUAUACUUCCAAUAAAUUGACUGUGUAUGUCUCUGAUGAUGGAGGGUCAGAGAUAACAUUCUAUGCUCUCUUCAAAGCUUCCAUUUUCUCCAAACAUUGGCUUCCAUUCUGCACAAGAUUCAAUGUUGAACCCAGGUCACCCAAGGCAUACUUCAAUAAUUGUAGUAGUAGUAAUAUUGACACGGCUGACACUGAGUAUGGUCAAGCUUUGUUAUUUAUCAAGAAGUUAUACCAAGACAUGAAAAGUGAGAUCGAAUCAGUAGUUGCAAGUGGCAAGAUUCCAGAAAAUGUUAUGAAUCAACAUGAAGGGUUCCUAGAAUGGAAUCAGAAAACUACUAAACAGGACCACCAAUCUAUUGUGCAGAUCAUAAUUGAUGGAAAGGACACAAAUGCUGUAGAUGAAGAUGGAAUUCAAUUGCCAACAAUGGUAUACAUUGCAAGGGAGAAACGACCUAACUACCCUCACCACUUCAAAGCAGGAGCUAUGAAUGCAUUGAUAAGAGUGUCAUCAGAGAUAAGCAACGCCCCUUUCAUCCUCAACUUGGAUUGUGACAUGUACUCUAACAAUGCAGAUACAAUUCAAGAAGCACUAUGUUUCUUCUUGGAUGAAACCAAAGGCAACGAGAUAGCUUAUGCGCAAUUUCCUCAGAGCUAUAAUAAUAUCACUAAGAAUGACCUUUAUGCAAAUUCCCAUGUAGUAUCCAAUGAGUUGGAGCUAGCUGGCAUAUGUGGACAUGGAGCAGCACUAUAUUGUGGAACUGGGUGUUUCCAUAGAAGAGAGAGUUUGUCAGGAUCUCACUUGAGAGAUUGCAGAGCAAAAUGGGACAUGAAGCCUAAAAGACAAGAUCACAGAACAGUCAAUGAAUUGAAUGAAGCAUCCAGGGCUCUCGCCAGUUGCACCUAUGAGCAAGGCACUUUAUGGGGAAAGGAGACGGGAUUGGUAUAUGGUAUUCCUGUGGAAGAUAUUGCUACUGGCCUUGUAAUCUCAUGCAGGGGUUGGAAAUCAAUCUAUUACAAUCCAAAAAGGAAGGCUUUCUUGGGUGUAGUUCCAACAACCUUAGGUGCUGUUCUUGUUCAGCAUAAGAGGUGGUCUGAAGGCAUGUUUCAGAUUUUCUUCUCCAAGUAUUGCCCUUUCAUCUAUGGGAAUGGGAAGAUAAACUUGGGUGUGCAAAUGGGGUAUUGUAAUUACCUCUUAUGGGCUCCCAUGUCCCUGCCUACUCUGUGCUAUGUCAUUGUGCCUCCUAUUUGCUUACUCUGUGGCAUUCCAUUGUUCCCACAGCUUUCAAGCCUAUGGUUCCUUCCCUUUGCAUAUGCAUUUGUUGCCACUAAUGGGUAUAGCUUAUGUGAGUACUUGAAUUGUGGGUCCACAGCAAAGGUUUGGUGGAACUUUCAAAGAAUGAAACUCAUAAAAAGGACCACCUCUUAUCUCUUUGGAUUCAUUGACACAGUGACCAAGCAAUUAGGACUAUCACAAACUAACUUUGCCAUCACAGAUAAGGUGGUCACAGAGGAGGUUCAAAAGAGGUAUGAGCAAGAGGUCAUAGACUUUGGAGGCUCAUCAAUCAUGUUAACCAUAUCAGCAACAGUGGCAUUGUUGAACCUUUUUGGUCUCAUUGGUGGAAUUGUGAGGAUUCUGAUGGAUUUGGAAUUGAACAAUUCAAGCCAAUUGAUGAUGCAGAUUCUUCUGAGUUCAUUGAUAGGAAUGGUCAAUUUACCAGUGUAUGAGGCCCUUUUCAUCCGCAGUGAUAAUGGCAGCAUAUCAUCCUCAGUCAUGCUCAAGUCCAUUGUUUUGGCUUCAUUGGUCUGUUGCCUAGUACCUCUAAUCUGUUCGUCUAGCAAGGUUAAGGGGCAAUCUUGAAAUUGUGGUGCAUUUGCGAUAUAUAUCUCUAUUCAUUCCUUUUGAAUUCGGAUUCCACGCACUCGGCGAAUCCUGAAUUCAAUGAAGUCAUAGAACUACAACUGUAGAUCAAGAUCCUAUCUUUCAAAUAUAAAAGACAAUUUUAAAUGUAUAAUAAUUUCUUUAAAUUUGAGUCA